CUCCAAAACCAUCCAAACAGGAAGACCGCUUGGACGCACUGGAUGACAAUAUCCAUGCGGUCACUGACCCACUACUUCAAAUAAACACCUACUACAACGCAAACAGUAGCACGAUUGAUUUGGCUUUUAAAGCACUUGAAAAUGCAGCAGACUCUACAGCCGUUGGCCAAGUGGUGGAUGAUUGGAUGGACUGUGACAAUGGUUGUUACGGGGCUUGAGAUACUUGCUGACGCUCAGCCGUUUCCAUUUGUCAAAGGUUCGUAUUUCUUGGGGGUUGUGACUCUAGAAACUCAGCGGCGAGACAACACUUUAAAAACCCGUGCUCUCGUACUCCAGCUCUCCGAUAUGCUUGCGCCCUUCUCCAUCUUCACAAUGGGCGUCUGUGGCCGCAUUCGGUCCUUGAUGAAGCAAAUCAAACAAGACAUCAAGGAAGUCGGUAAUUUGGUGGACACUUAUCAUAAGCAUAGCUUGACGUCUAAAUUCUUCUUCAGCGGCAAGUAUCAGGGACAGUUCAAAGACGCCGGGGACAUCGUUUUUGCACUGCAAAUUCACAUUACCGUGGGAAUUGAUGAAAUCCGAGAGCAAGUGCGCAACAGCAAUACAUUAUUAGUGAAGCUCAUCAAAAUCGUCGAAUAUAACUCCCCGGGAGAACAAGGAUGGGAACGCUCCUUAAAGAAUCUCGGAGGGCGCAACAAGGUGCUUGCAAACGACGAGCUGCUCACGACGUUUGCCCAGGAGAUAGAGGACUCCCAGUCUUCUGAAUCAACGGCGAAGACGACUCCAAAAGAGAAAGGGGAGAAGGGAAAUGAUGCGGAUAAGGACAAACCAACGGAUCCGAAAUCGACAGGAAAGGCAGAUGACUCAAAGACGAAAUCUGGGAAGGAUGCAUCGAAUGUUCUUUCUCUCCUGGAACGGCGGGAGCUUAGGAUGCCCCUGCAAGAGAUCAUCGAUUCCAAUUUCGCACUAUAUGAGGGCAAGCUGGAAUCUCAGGUUCAACUUCUCUCCAAGGCAGUCACACAGUCCAAGCAAGAGAUUUUGCAGCACCUUGAAUCUGGUGCUCACGAGAAGAUAUCACAUCAUUACAUCCGAAGAGUCUGGAAGGAUAUGGGCUGGCGUUCAAACGUGAAGUCGCGACAAUUCGUUCUGGCGAUGCACGAUUUCUAUGCCGAUCGGUAUGCGCGUGCCUUUAUGCUACGAAGGCGCGCAAGCACGGAGAACGGUCCCUCACUUCAAACACCCGUUGAUGGUGGUGACCAGUCGCCGACAACCCAUGCUCAAGUCGAUAUCUCUGACGCCGAUAUGGCUCCAGGAGAUAUUGAAGAGACACUGGCCGAUAGGUGGUGUCUCCAGUACCUCGAUAUUACUCAUGCGUACCCGAUAAUGGAAGCGAUCGACGAUGACGACUCUGGUUAUAUCAGGAUAUCGGAAAUCAACGAUUUCACCUCUUCAACCCCAAAGGGGUGGACCCUUCUCCAGUGGUUCGCAUACUGGGGUGGAGGUUGGAAGCAGCAAUCCUCAGUUUACGCCCGGUCCAUCAACGAAAUUAUUGUAUUGAUUAGACGCAAGUCCCACGACGUAUUGGUGGAAAACAACCAGUUCGCGAUCAAUUACGUCAAACAAUUGAUGUGGUCUUCUACUAUUGCCAAAAUGACUUGGGCCGUGACAAUGAAUACUCCUGCUACAUCGGAGAGUCCAUUAGAUAAGUUAGUUGCACGAAGCAUGGAGUAUAAAGAGGAGCAGCUGGAGCGGGCCCUUCGGCGAGUGCACUACAAUGUUGAUGCACCAGAUUCACUCGUGCUUAUUUCUGGUCCGGGAAGAAUUGAGAAGGACAUUUUUGCGAUUAUCUUCCUUAUCUUACGGCACCACUACCUGAUCUUCUUGAGAGCGACCAAAGUCUGGAUCGAUGAGCGGGAGUUCCAGGUCGCAACAAACACUGUAGCGAAUAUUGUGAAAGCCAUCACUGAUCGUGUAAAUAUUUUAUCAACUUCGUAUCGACAGCAAGGGUUAGACGAGCAAAUUCAACUCUCGCGAUUUCAUGGUGGCAUCUAUCGGUUUGUGCCGGACUCCAAGAAUGAACAAAAAAUUGAGUGGCGUGGGCUAGAUGAUGGUCCUUUUUCUGAAUUGAAGGAGAAGAUAUCCAGCAGCGAACAAAACCUGGAACUCAGAUACGGAGAAUGGUCGUUGGAUUUACAUUCGUACUCGAAUCCUCCUGCACCAAAUGUGCUUCCGGGUGAAGUAUCGGACGAGGGGAAAGACGACGGGGAAGACGAUGAGAGCGAUGACGAUGACUCUCGUGCUUCCAAUGCUGCGAACAUCGAAGAAAUCAUGGCUCAGGCAAACAGUUCUGCAUUUUCCCUUCUGAAAAUUUCGGAUAGUUCUCCUGACUUCGGAAAACACAUGAAGGACGUUAUACAUGGUUUAGAGGCUAUCGCUAUGAAGUCAGGACCAUUUUCAUUCAUCAAUGGUACGGUAAAGAGAGUGAAGCGUGUCUUAGCGUCAGAAUUGAAGAAGGAAAAAGUGAAUCCCCGGAUCAAGGAGCUCCUUCGUGGCCUUGUUUCCAUCAUCAGCCCAUUAUUAAAGCUCUAUUUUUGGAAAGACGCAGGUGAAGCCACAGAGACAGGAGCGUCGUUUGGGGGCCGAUUGUCAGACCUCCUCCACCACAUUUUAUUCGACAUCCGUGAUGCAGAAAAAGCCAUAGAAACCCUCACUACUCAAGCGGAGAAGGCAGUCAAUAAUAACCCCGCCGACAAUCCUUCCCCGAUUUCUGAGCUGGCAACUUUGGAUAGCGUAAUAAACAGGUUGCACGUCCGACGUUGUGACAUUGAAUUUUGCCUGGAUUUACACAACGAAAAGGGUUUUCGACGUCUACUUGUUGCUCAGAAAAUUGUCAUUCGUGACAUCCAAGAGCAGCGUAGAAGAUUGUCGCCAGCCUAUUUGCGCCGCAGACAAGCGGUCAGGAAAUUAUUCAUCAAUCUCACUGCGAAAAGCCCGGUUCGGGAACUAGCCUCAAGAAUACUUAGUGAUACCGAGAGGGCGGAACUGACAGCAAUCAUCAGUGAAGUGCCAAAGGUCGAUCUUGCACGUUGGGACUCAUUGUCCAGACUCCAAAGACGCAGGGAAAACGUCCAUGCAAAUAUCGGAUGUGAUGGAUGCGGAACUUGUCCCCUCGUUGGGCAUCGCUAUACCUGCUUGACGUGUUACGACUUUGAUCUUUGCGUCAACUGCGAACGUAAAGUUCACUCACCCGAGCCUGGCACGAUGCCCAUGGAGAUACAAAAUCAUUUGCCUUCCCACCCUUUGAUGAAGGUUUGUCGGCAGGUAUGGGCCCCCGACGAAGUAGACGAUUACGAUUGGAAAGCAGACGAAAAGCCUUCCGAGGAAAGAGGAAAUGGCGACGACUCCGCUGCUGAAGAUGACGAAGUUAGCGAGGAUGCAGAACCGCGAAGUGCCAAUCUCACCACUGACGGGGCAGCAGGCAAUGAGGGUAUGUAUUCUUAUUCAGAGCACUCGUCCGCGAAAUUGACUGGAUCCAAGCAGGUGAAACUGAUGUCAAAUCGGAUGACGACGCACAGGAGCCCACAAUGACUCACACAUUCCAGUGUCAUCGGUGCCAAGAAACCAAGACUGGCACUCGCUUUGUGACGAGUGGAAACUAUGAGCAACCUGAUGGAGACUAUGGAGGUUUCGUAACUGCUUAAACCCACUUGGGGCGUUGUAUCUGACUAGGAGAUCAUUUCGUUUCAGCGUUCCAGUUUUGUCCGUCUUGCGAGGAAAUCAUCAUUAAAUCAUACGAUGGCAGAGUCCUACCCAUUGGUUAUGCAUUUCUCCUCAAAGUCACACUUCCCAAAGUCGAUUGUGGCGGUGGCGAUGAUAGGACUGUUGCCACCGGAGCGGAACCAAGCAACCAAGGUGAAACUCAGGAGGACGAGUCCCAUCAGGUAACUCGGAGGCUUCAAAGUUUAGACGAUCGACUUGGCGUGGUGGAAGGCAACCUCCAUCAGAUUUUGUCCACUCUUGCCGCCAUGCA